CAAUCUUUCCUGAUUGUGCAAUUUUGCUAGCGAGAGACUACGAGCGAUUUCACGUCGUGAAACAACCAGAAAUGCCGAAGAAUAAAGGAAAAGGCGGAAAGAAUCGACGCAGAGGAAAGAACGAGAACGAACGAGACAAGAGAGAGUUGGUGUUCAAGGAGGACGGACAAGAGUACGCGCAAGUGACGAGGAUGCUCGGAAACGGACGACUUGAGGCGAUGUGUUUCGAUGGCGAGAAGCGGCUGUGUCACAUUCGAGGGAAACUACGAAAAAAGGUUUGGAUCAAUCAAGGCGACAUCAUUCUUCUUGGCCUUCGAGAGUAUCAAGAUGCAAAGGCCGACGUGAUCAUGAGGUACAACACUGAAGAGGCACGGCAGUUGAAAACAUACGGGGAAUUACCAGAACAUGCGAAGAUCAACGAGACGGGAAUGUUUGGAGAGGGAGAUGAUGACGAGGGGGUGAUGUUUGAUGAUUACGCUGAUGGCCAAGAUAUUGACAUAGAUGAUGAUGAGAUUUAACAUCAUAUCUCUAAUGCUUCUACCACAACAUCUAACCUAUCACGUCUAUGUACUGCAUAAUACGUAGCACAGCGUUGUAUGAAUUGAUCAUGUGAUUCUACUAUCACUAACCAUUAGUACAUGCUAUACAUACGUAGAGCUGUGUUCAUAGUUGUUUGCUUGUAGUUACUGGUCUGUUUCCAUACUAUAGUAGAAGCACUGAAUAUUAAAGAAGAAAGUUGACCUUCA